AUGGUGGUCGCAGCCACCAACCUCCGUCCAUUCCCUUCAUCCGCCGCCUUUCACCAAUAUCCACCGCCUUCCAUCACCGGGAACCUCUACUCACAAGCGCCUUCCACUACUCAGACAGACACUCACCCACAUAUUCUGCUCCUUUCAAUGGCCGCCACAUGCUACCAGUCUCCUUUCAAGAUCAUCCCCUAUUCACACUCUUCUUCACCAAAACCCAACCACCUUUCUCUCUCUACCUUCAGAUGCAACCUCUCACCUCCUUCUUUUCAAACUCUAGCCACCGAACCUGAACCGGUUUUCACCUCCGUCAAGGCCUUCGCUCCGGCCACCAUCGCCAACCUCGGCCCAGGCUUCGAUUUCCUGGGAUGCGCUGUCGAUGGCAUCGGCGACUUCGUCUCUCUCCGAGUCGAUCCCAAAGUCCACCCCGGCGAGAUCUCCAUCUCUGAAAUCACAGGCGCCGGCAAUUCUGCCACUAAACUCAGCAAGAACCCUCUCUGGAAUUGCGCUGGCAUCGCCGCCAUCUCCACCAUGAAGAUGCUCAACAUCCGAUCGGUCGGUCUUUCCCUUUCCCUCGAAAAGGGCUUGCCUUUGGGCAGCGGACUCGGAUCUAGCGCCGCUAGUGCCGCCGCUGCUGCUGUGGCAGUGAAUGAAAUUUUCGGGGGGAAACUACCUGUAUCCGAUCUUGUGAUUGCCGGGCUCGAAUCGGAAUCGAAAGUUUCAGGGUACCAUGCUGAUAACGUGGCACCGGCGAUCAUGGGAGGUUUCGUGUUAAUUCGAAGCUAUGAUCCUUUGGAAUUGAUGCAAUUGAAGUUUCCGGAGGAAAAAUAUUUGUUUUUCGUAUUGGUGAAUCCUGAGUUCGAAGCUCCGACGAAGAAAAUGAGGGCAGCGUUGCCAGCAGAGAUAACUAUGUCGCACCACGUGUGGAACUGCAGUCAGGCAGGGGCGUUGGUGGCAUCUGUGUUGCAAGGUGACUUGAAGGGUUUAGGCAAGGCAUUAUCGUCCGAUAAGAUAGUGGAGCCAAGGAGAGCGGCAUUAAUUCCGGGAAUGGAAGGCGUGAAGAAGGCGGCAAUUGAGGCCGGUGCGUUUGGGUGUACGAUCAGUGGUGCUGGGCCAACAGCCGUGGCUGUGACUGAUGAUGAAGAGAAAGGGAAGGUGAUUGGGGAGAGAAUGGUGGAAGCGUUUAUGGAGGGGGGGAAUUUGAAGGCUAGGGCGAUGGUUAAGAGACUCGACCGGGUUGGUGCUAGGAUUGUGAGUAGUAUUUCCAGAUGA